AUGAUGCUGUCGAGGCUAUUCGCUCUGUUAGGGUUAUCAAUCCUUGCUUCGGUCCGGGCUGAAAGUUCUAGUACGGAGGGUUCAAUUGCGGAUAGUUCUUCCACGGCUUCAGCGUCAAAAACAAGCUUUGUUUCAUCGGCAUCCACUACAAGUUCAUCCACAAGUUCAUCGAUAAGCGCUUCGAAAACUGCUGCUACGACGCAUGUUGUAUCGGUUGAUGCAGAUAGUCUCAAUUACGAUCCUAAAGACUUAACAGCGGAUGUUGGGGAUAUUAUUGAGUUUCGCUUCUAUCCUCUAAAUCAUUCUGUGGCGAGAGCAGAAUAUAAACAACCAUGUAUACCAUACGAAGACACUGAGGCAGGAAAGAUUGGAUUCUGGAGUGGUUUUGAACCUACUUCUAUUCCGCCUACAUUUAAGUUACUCAUUAACGACACGGAACCUAUAUUCUUCUAUUGUUCGGCUCCUGGUGCAUGUCAAGAGGGUAUGGUAGGAGUUAUAAAUGCCAAUGCUACUCAAACUUUCGAUGUUCAGUUUGCGUAUGCUGAAAAUGCAACGAUGGAGUUCUCUCCCAAUGAUCAUUACCGGCUAGCGCCAUUGCCGGUAUCGUCGUUGGUCGCUGUAAUAGCUCUAGCCGGCGCUUUAUUCUACAUGUGCGGCCGUCACAAAACCAUGAAAGAAGUAUUCCACAACGAACCAUCAUCCGGGCCUCCAGCUAGCAGCAACCCGUACGAUGAUACUCAUACCUCAUAUAUGUCGCAAGGUGGCCGUACAGUUUCCGAAGCCAAUUAUCCAAACAUGUCCAAGUUCGCAUCUGGUCUCCCAGGCUUGGAUACUGCAUCUGAACGCUUUUCGCCUCGUCAUGGUGCUUACACGGAUCCUGAUACGAAAAAUUUUAGAAGUCAAAGUCCGCAGAUUGAUGAGGUGGGUAUGCAGAGGGUUAGAAAUGGUCAAUAUCAGAGUGUGUCGGUUGGAAGUCAGAUGGGAAGUCCUGGGUUCCCUAGCCCGGCGCAUAAUCACAAGUCACAUUUGAGUUCUCAGGGGUAUGAAGGAAAUACAUUGAGUGAGAUGAAUGACAGUAGUACACAAGAUGCUUUAAGGCUACGAGAAAAAGAAAGGCAAAACCAAGGACAAGGCCCCAUCGAACUCCCAGCUCCAAGCAGAAGCGCGAGUAUGACGGCGGGGGCGCCUUCUCCGGAAAGAGAACGGCCAUUUUCGUGCACAGAUAGUGAGAGUGGGUAUGCGGGAAUGAUGAGAAAUGAAGUGGGAAAAGGCUACAGAUGA